CAUCACCCCCGGCCAGCUCAACUUCCUGUGCUACUGUGACGCGACUCGGAUUUUACAACUCUGACAGUCUCCGUCUAGACUCGAGCCCGAGAAUCCGUUUUUCUUUUGGGUUUUCUUUCCUUUCCCCAUCCAUCGGCUAUAGACUUCUGUACGGCGGAAGAGCUACGAUGGGGCGCCCUCCAGCGUACCUUUUUGUCGUCAGACACGGUUAUCGACUGGAUGCCGCCGACAAACAAUGGCAUCUCACGUCCCCGACACCUUACGACCCGCCUCUGACCUACAGUGGCUGGCAGCAAGCAAAGAGCUUGGGUGCCAGAAUCGCAUCGAUAAUAAAGGAAAGAAGAGUCCAAGACGAUGAGCGUGCCGGAAAUCACAAUACCGAUCCCUCGGUAAAGCGGAAACGCAAAAGAUACGAGGUUGCGCUGCACAGCUCGCCUUUUCUCCGAUGUAUCCAAACCUCGAUCGCCAUCAGCGCGGGCCUUGCCCAGGAUCCAACCCCAUUCGAGUCUCCGAGUCCCACCCCAGCUCCAUCUCCUACUCCGGCUCCCACCACAGACGGCCGACCCAAGCCAAUCGUUAUUCCAGAUAUUCGUCCCGCUGCUAAUAUUCGAAAGUCCGUGCUACGGCUGGAUGCGUUCCUCGGAGAAUGGCUCUCGCCGAGCUACUUCGAGUUCAUCACCCCACCGCCCGAGUCCGUCAUGAUGCUAGCUAGCGCCAAGGCCGACCUCCUCCGUCGCGAAGACUACACUCAUUCCCCAAGCUUUGUUUCGCACACCCAUUCCAGCUCUCAGGGACAACUCUGGAGCCCAAUGGGCAGGGAGAGUUCCGCUUCUCCGUUCAGCAACGGCCAAAGGGAGGAAUUUGGAUCCAUGACAACCCCGACCGCUUCCCCGGCGACCGCUUCAAGCGCCAGUAGUCGGAGGGACCAUCCGGUCCGAGUAGAACGACCUGGCUAUGUCUCGCCCGUUCCCCAUUAUGCUAUCAGCAGCAACAACAACAUCCCAGCAGGAUACGUCUCACAUGCUCGGGAUGCCUGCGUCAUGGUUGACUACCAAUGGCAUUCCACCCGAAGCCUGUUGGAUUGGGGCGACGGCGGGUCCUUCCCGGAAGAGUGGGCAGCCAUGCACAAGCGGUUCCGUGCCGGUGCCCAAAGUCUGGUUGAUUGGUACUCGACGGCGGACAGGCCAACCCGGCCGGUGACCAAAAGUGUGAGGUCCGAACCCAAUGACGAUUCGAACGAUGAGGACGUCGAGGUUGAAUCCAUCGUCAUUAUGGUUUCCCACGGAGCUGGCUGCAAUGCCCUGAUCGGCGCCAUAACCCACCAACCCGUCUUGAUGGAUGUCGGUAUGGCGUCUCUCACGAUGGCAGUCCGCAAGCCGAGCACAGAAAACUCGAGCUCCCUGCAAGGACCCCAGACGACGCUACCCGUCCACGAGCUCUACGAUCUCAAGCUAUUCGCUAAUACCGAGCACCUACGAUCCCCUACAGACACUCCGACCAAUUCAAGGGCUCCUGCCAUGGCAAGCCCCUCGGACGGUAUCCGGGGACGCCACGCCUCAUUUUCCACGUCUGUUAACAGCGUCCCAUGGAAUGACGGGCCCGGUAGGAUUAACACGCCCGCGAGCGCUGGCCUGGGUAGCUUUCGACAGAGCCUGAAGAACGAUUCGUCCGUUCCUCGGCUCUCGUUCGCCGUCAGCACCGGCGGUAUCACAGUUGGAAGUGGUGUGACAUCCUUCGCAGCGACCCGGCCGUCAAAUCUAUCACGCAUCGGGAGCAGCGGGCUGUGGUCACCGAUUGCAGACGAGGAUGAAGAGGAGGAUAGCCCCGUCCUUAACUUUGGGAAUCAUGGAAAGAAAGCGACAACGACGGAGUCUCCAGCAUCCGCUCCCGCUCCCGCGCCGGAACCCAAACCCGCACCAAAUAGUGUUCCUCAGGCGACAAACGGAAACACCCUUUUGGACCGUUCAGCAAGCGGUGGAUCAGGCCUGUCUACUAGCCGUUCGCCGAAACCCGAGCAGGAGCAACUCGGCGCCGGGACCGGCGGACUGUGGGGUACGCCACGGCCGCCUGAUGACGCGGACCGCUUUCGGGACGUCAGCGCCUCCAAACGGCGAUGGACGGUCACUGAGCGACGCUGAGCGGGUUUUAUGUUGGAGACCGAGCUGUCCCUUUGUCGGUCUAAGGAUGGCUUUCUGCGCAACUUGGGGUUGAAUGGACGGAUAAUAGUGUGGAUAAUUUGACUUUGGAGGGAGAUCAUAGGCGUCAAUUUUGUGAAGAUACCAACGGGAUGAUGAGACCA